AUGGCCUCGACCAUCUUUCAUUCGCACCAGGACCCUCAAAGAUCAGCUACCUUACGUGCCGUUCACAAUGCAUAUUCGGCUAAACAGAAGCAGAAGGAGGGAGAUGUGAGGCUCGUAAUCGUUGUGAAAUGCGCUGAGAGGCCAAUAUCAGAGUUGAUGGUGCCAGACUUGCCGAACUGGUACGAGUUCACUUUUGCAUCGUCUUUUGCGUCACCUGAUCCAUACUUCUUCGAAACACCUCCUACCAAGAUCUGGACGCAGACUCUGACUCUGAGAGAACCCUUUCAACCCCGACCCAAUGAAACCUGCACGUGCCUCAGCCGUGUAUUCAAUCUCUCCCUUCCUCUCGCUCUCGACGUUCUCUAUCCCCACCUCCAAAACACCACAAACUGGGCAAAAGCCAACGAACCAUCACCAAAUCUCCACAACAGCCCACCAACCACCACGAAAAACAUGGUACCCUCCAACAAGAAAGACGCCAGUGAGGGGGAAAGUGAUACAAGUGACGAGGAUGACGAGGAAGGUGAUACCAGCGACAAAGAAGAGAGCGGCGAAGAUGAUGAAGAGGAGGAGGAGAAGCUUAUGUUCCAACAGAAGGAAUGA